UUAUUAAUUUUAUCGACGUUUUCUCUUCGCUUAGUAAUUACGUCAAGUGCAAGACUUGCGGGGGUGACGUCAAAUUUGGGCAAUCGUCUAUUCGCGGACUUGGGUUUAAAUUGGUGGUAGAGUGUGCCUCUUGCGAUUCAAAAAGUAUAAAUUCUUGUCCGUGUACCGAUAAUCACUCUUAUGAGAUAAAUAGACGGUUGGUGUUCUCAUUUAGAAUGUUAGGAAUCGGAGGAAAAGGUAUAGAAAAAUUUUGUGGCCUCAUGGAUUUACCCAAGCCCGGCGGGCAAACAACUUACGACGCGUUAGUAAAGAACAUUCAUUGUGCUGCGUCGUCUGUCUGUGAAAAUUCUAUGAAAAAUGCGGCGAAAGAAGAAAUAAAUCUUACAGCUGAAGCUGAUAAUAUUGAAAAACCUCGAGGACUGACUGUUUCUGGGUAUGGAACAUGGAGUAAGAAAGGUCUUUUUUCAUUGUACGGUGUUGCAAGUCUGAUAGGAUAUCAUUCGGGAAAAGUUCUCGAUGUAGCAGUGAAAUCUGCUUAUUGCAUCGAGUGUGAAUCGAUGAAAACGAAAGCCAAUACUGCAGAAUAUGAAGAAUGGAAUUGCAGACACCAAUGUGACGUCAAUCAGGAAGGAAGUGCGGACAAGAUGGAAGUCGACGCUGUUCGGGAAAUGUUUUCCAGAUCGCAAGAAUUACACGACGUGAAAUAUUUGAAUAGCGUCGGGGACGGGGAUUGCAAGAUUUUUAAAGACAUUGCAGAAUCGAAUCCGUAUGAUGAGUCGGUAAAAAAAAAAGAAAGCAUUGGACGUGUGAGGAGCGGCAAGAAUGAGAGUUUAGACGAUUUGAUUUGGCAAAUCGCCCCGAAAACCAACUUCAGUAAUGCUAAAAUUAACGAAAUCGCGGCAUUUGUUGCGACCACUAUAUUCAAUGAUGGACACAGAAGCCUGCUUGACAUUUUACGGAUUUUGAAUGUCUCGAUUGGGCCCCGAACCCACGAUAUCUGUGUCGAGGAAGAUGCUAGCCGCGUUAGUAUAGGUAACGUCGACUAAAGAGGCCAGAACUGCCAGAAAGCCAUAAAGAUUGAAGGCCUCUUAUAUGCCCGAGGAAUCGGUGAUUAAGGAUACGAUGCUUCGCCACUAAAACCCCCAUCGUUUAGAUCUGCAAGAAACGCAGAGGUUCGGCACAAUGGUUUUAACUGCUGACCGCCUUUCUUUCAACCAAAAAAUUUACUGUAUAUACGUAAUAAUAGUAUGUUAUCACUGUUCAAAAAUCAAUGAAAUCUAUUCCUUACUUUGCUUGUAAAAAAAUCCCAAAAAUGUAUCUCUAUUGCGACGCUACGACGGGAUGCAACCGCUUAAAAUUAGUAUUAAGGUUACAA